GUAUUGGCAUGUCCAACUAUUCGUGAUAUCUUCUGUUUGGAACAAGUAUGUUAAGUGAAGCUAAAAGAAUUAAGAUUUAAGGCAGAAGAAAAGAAAGAAUUGAACAAGAGUUUCAAGAACCAUGUCAGAAUCAAACGCAAUUGCAAAUGGAUUGGCUGGUGCAGGUGGUGGAAUCAUUGCUCAAAUCAUCACUUAUCCUCUUCAAACGGUAAACACGCGUCAGCAAACUGAGAGAACACUCAAGAGGAACAAGCAAACUUUGCCUUCUAACACAACCACUGCUCCUGGCACUCUUCUUCAGAUCUUUCAGGUCAUUAGAACUGAGGGUUGGGGUGGACUCUACAGUGGCCUCAAGCCUUCUCUUCUUGGAACUGCUGCUUCUCAGGGCAUCUACUACUAUUUCUAUCAAGUUUUCAAGAACAAGGCAGUGGCGAUUGCAGCUGCACGGAAAGUGAAAGGGCGUGGAGAUGGUACUGUUGGGAUGUUUGGUUGGCUUGUUGUGGCUGCAAUUGCUGGGUCCUUGAAUGUCUUGCUGACAAAUCCAAUAUGGGUUUUAGUGACUCGGAUGCAGACUCAUACUCAAGCAGAAAGGAAAAUUAUGGAGGAAAAGAAAGAAGCUUUAAGGAAGGCUGCUUCUGAGAGCGCCAUAGCAGAUUCCACAUUGCAAGAUAAAUUGGAUGAACUGAAUUCUAUAAAACCUCGACCAUUUGGAACUAUACAUGCAGCUAAAGAAGUCUACAAUGAAGCGGGUACAGUAGGAUUUUGGAAGGGUGUCUUCCCUGCCCUUAUUAUGGUAUGUAAUCCAUCAAUUCAGUUUAUGAUUUAUGAAAGCUCAUUAAAGCAUCUAAGGGAAAAACGUGCCGCUAAGAAGCAAGGGAAUACAAGUAUAUCCGCUUUGGAGGUCUUUUUGGUGGGAGCAAUAGCUAAGCUUGGAGCCACUGUGACAACAUAUCCAUUACUAGUUGUGAAGUCAAGGCUUCAAGCAAAACAGGAGAUUGGUGGAAAUAACUCCUUAAGAUACUCAGGUACUUUUGAUGCUGUACUUAAAAUGAUCCGUUAUGAAGGAAUAACUGGCUUCUAUAAGGGGAUGAGCACAAAGAUAGUGCAGAGUGUUUUUGCAGCCUCUGUUCUGUUUAUGAUCAAAGAGGAGCUUGUUAAGGCUUUUAUAGUGCUAACUAAUAAGAGCAAAAAAGUUGCAUCAAAUUUGAGUAGUUGACAUUUUUACCAUAUGAAAGGGAUAAUAAGUAUAUCACUUGGUUUACCUCUCCCUAUUGUUUAUUCACUGAUUGUGGGGAGAGAGAGGUGAAGUCCUCACCAAAAUAAUGCAUGAAGUCCUUUAGCAUGAAGUGCUGCAGAACUCCUUGGAAUUUCUCAGUUCAUUUCAAGAACCAAGGAACUGACAAAAUUCAACAAACAUGAGAGUGACUUCUUCCAACAGCAGUGUUAUGCAAGCAUUCUUUUCCAAAGAAUUAAAAACCAAAGUGCUUUGUGUAUAAUUCUUGAAAAAAUUAACAGACAAUCAUUAUGCUGAGCCAUUGAAUUGCGUGUAUGUUGGUAUGGUAAGAAAAGUUCAUAUGUCACGAUGGAUAAAUACACUACAGUGAUAGAUAAAUUUUCUUUUUCAUCUGCAAUGAGUUGUUUAUGUA